AGACAGAUUGAGAGUGACUCUUGAAGGACCAGCACGACCACAUCCUGUUUGAAGAAUUCAUCUUCCAGAAUCUGCCAUGGGGACACAGCAACACAGCAGCAGCAUCAACAACCCCACGAACGUUAACGUUAACGUUACAUACCUGUUUGAGGGUGCUGGUGAGAAAGUAGAUGAGCGACAACCCGAACACGACACCCAGGACCCAACGCUUGCGCAAGAGCCGGCGGAACACCAUGGAGGCGUUCUUCUGGAUGUGCACCAGGUCCAGUUUUGGAGCUCCUGGUGAUAAAGCGGGUGCCAUGCAGAGACGCCACAGCAGCAACACCGAGGGCAUGCCACCAGAAAGGAACAGGAGUCAAACUCUCGGUUCAGAGAGUAGUCUUGAUGAAGGAGGAGUGUUUGACUGUCUGAAGCCAGACUCUCCUACAUCGCCCCAGCAGCUUUUCUCUGGUCUGGUGGGCGUCUCUGCGGGGAACGUGUCCUCAGCUCCCUUCCAGUCUGCGGGAAUGGUUCUGGGUUCUCCACCGGACGUCUUCAUUCAGAUGGUGUCCUCUUCAAGGGACGAAAGCUCUCACCGGACAGAGAGCCCACCUUAUCUUCCUCGCCCUCCUCCGCACCAUCAUCAUCAUCAUCACCACCAUCUUCAUCAUCACUCCGGCCAGCACCGCUCUUCUCUCCUGCAUGCGGCCACCUCUGCUGAGAGGCACGGGAGCAGAGAUGAUGGAGGUGACGAUGCCUCUACACCUUCUCCUGCUCUCUCUGAGCUCAAGGCUGUGGUCACAUGGCUUCAGAGAGGAUUCCCUUUUAUCCUCAUACUCCUUGCUAAAGUCUGCUUUCAGCACAAGCUUGGAAUUGCUGUUUGCAUUGGAAUGAUCAGCACAUUUGCCUUUGCUAACUCAACGCUGAAGCAUCAGGUGGCAUUGCGGGAGGAGAGAUCUGUGUUUACCACUCUCUGGAUUAUGAUCUUUCUCGCUGGCAACAUUGUGUAUGUGUACUACACCUUCAGUGUUGAGGAACUUCAAAACAGCCUUAUUUUUGCUAAGCCAAACAUCAAUAGUUUUGAUUUCUUUGACCUGAUCUGGGCUGUUGGAAUAACAGAUUUUGUGCUGAAAUAUUUCACCAUCGAGCUCAAAUGCCUCAUACUGUUCCUCCCUAAAAUGAUCCUCGCAUUCAAGUCCAGGGGGAAGUUUUAUCUAAUCAUAGAGGAGCUGAGUCAACUUUUCAGAGCUUUGGUUCCCAUCCAGCUGUGGUACAAGUACAUCAUGGGUGAAGAUCCGUCCAGCAGCUACUUCCUGGGGGCUACGCUGAUUAUCAUUUACAGUCUUUGUAAGUCAUUUGAUUUGUGUGGAAGAAUAUCCGGCAUUCGAAAAGCAUUCGCCAUUCUCUGUAGCUCACAGAGUUACGGCAUGAGAGCCAGUACUCAGCAGUGCAGCGAGGCUGGGGAUGUGUGUGCAAUCUGCCAGGGUGAAUUCAGAGAGCCAAUCGCACUGCUCUGUCAGCAUGUGUUCUGUGAGGAGUGUUUAUGCCUGUGGUUUGACCGCGAGAGAACGUGUCCGCUGUGCCGGUCAGCAGUGGUCGAAACUCUGCGUAACUGGAAGGAUGGGACAACGUCCGCACACUUUCAGAUCUACUGAACAGAGACCCAGCUGAAUGACAAAGGUUUUCUGGUCCAGUUGAAUCAGAUGAAACAUGUUCACCAUGCAUAAAACGUUGCUGUUCGUAAUGUCAUAUGAUGAAACAUGGCCGUGUACUGUAGGGAAGUGUGACAAAAUGUUACAUUGGUGAAUGUACAAUAGCAUUACAUUAUGUCUGAUAGCAGAGUUGAAAAAGUGUGUUUUGUCUUCUUAUACAUGCUUUUCAACAAGUAAAACUUGUUGACUUUUUAAUAUUAUCAUUAUUAAGCAUGAUAAUCAACUGUUUUGUAACACUUUUAUUUUUGGUUUAUCCAAGCUAUUAAACUUAAUCCAGAGUCAA